UCCGGAGUUAGCAGCCUACUGACGAAAAAGAGUUGUGGAACUGAGUGAGAUGAACACAUUUCAGUAUUUCAUUUCAAGGUAAUCGAGUUUACAGAACCUUAUUUCUAUGGUAAAAAUGAUUUUCCAUGCUCUUUGACACUUAAAAUAGUUGCCAAUCUAAGAGGCUGCUUUUUAUUUUUUUCAUUUUGGUUAUUGCUACACAUUUUUCGUGUUAAGGAUUUCCAAGUCUUCGAGCGUUUCUCUCAUAUUCCUACCUGGACGUUGACUGGUCAACAGCUUGUCGUUUCUACCGCUCAACCUCGCUACGGAGCGUGAAACAGUUUUCACUGAAGAUGGGAUAUAAUUUGUUCUUUUAAAUAAAUGAUUCUUGCUUCGUUUUUGAUAGAAUAUCAAUACUAGUGAUCAUGUAAAUCUACCCUUUUUAUUUUUGCUACUAAUUUUAUUUUAUUUUCAAGCUGGAUAAAUACAUUUCUAAUCUGGAAAGCCCAAAAGAUUUGAAUUUCAAUUUUCAUUUGCGCAUCAUGAAGAAUUACUAAUUAAAAUUUCUGUGUUGAUCUGGAGUCUUUUAAAGCAAAAGAGGACCAUUAUGAUAAGCAAAAUGCUUAUUCCUCUUCUGCUAUGUUUAUGUUUAUCUACCAUCUUUUGUGAAGAUAACAUAACUACUUUUAAGCCAGUUAAAGAUGAAAAUGGAAAUAUUGAUUUGGAAGUAUAUCGACAAAGGCUUGAUAAUCAGACUAAAUCAUUUGAAAAUGGAUUGAAAAAACUAAUUAGAGGUGGAAUCAAGAAUUUAUUGCCAAGAAUAAUGUCAUACAAUGAUGAUUCGAUAUCUUCGAAUUGUUCCAGUGGUAUGAUGAAAUACAUUUCAGGCUUAAGCAGUGUAAAACUUUGGGCAAUAAGAAUGUUGGAUGCUACUUCCAAACCUGCCGCUGGACUCUUCUCUGGCACCGUUGCCGAUUUUGGGGAUUAUGACGAAUGUUUAGAAGUGGAACUUCCCAAAAGGAAUGGUGGCAUCGAGUUCCGUGGGAAGUACUGCUCCAUUGAAGCCAGGCCACUCAUGCCUCCCACUCCUAGAAACUUCUCAAUGGCGAGGAACACGCACGCAGGACCACUGGAUAAUGUUGGGAAGGAUCUAUGGAUUGCAGGAGCAGCCUUUCACUAUCUGAAGUUCCGCUUCGGCGUAUGUAUCCCUUCUACUUGCACUCUGGAAGACAUGCAGUCUAUAUUUAAAAGAAUUUCAGAUGCCAUUGAAAUGGACGUUCAGGUACCUCAGUGUUACGUAAAAGAACAAUCUGUAUUGACAACCAUCCAUUUUGUUGUGAUAUUUAUUUUGAGUUUGCUGCUACUGCUACUGGUAAUUGGUUCCAUCGUAGAUUACCAAUCUACAAAAGCAUCCAACCAAAAUUUAAGUACUCCUCGCAAAAUACUCAUUUGCUUCUCAGCGAUAACUAACUUCCGACGUCUUAUGUGUUCCUCUAAAGGCUCUGAAGAAUUGAAAGCUCUUCACGGAAUGCGAGCUCUGAGCAUGGGAUGGAUCAUACUGGGACACACCUACGUAUGGAUAAACUAUCAGCUAUUACGUGGCUCUGAAACUUUCAUAACAUAUUUCAAUCAAAUCCAUUUUGGUGCCAUUCUUAACGGUUGGAUGUCUGUCGAACCUUUCUUCUUUCUUAGCGGUCUCCUAACAAGCUACACUGUUCUGAAGAUCAUGAACAAAACUAAAGGGAGAAUAAAUGUGCCUAUUUACAUCUUUCGUCGAUAUAUCAGAUUAACACCUCCCUUGUUACUGACUAUUGGUUUGCUGUUCUUUCUGCCCCUCAUCAGUUCGGGCCCUAUGUGGUACGAAAGAGUGGAUCCGGAAUUGAAAGCCUGUACAAAUUAUUGGUGGAGGAGCAUCCUUUAUAUAAGUAACUGGAGUACCAUGAGAAAUAUUUGUGUACACCCGACUUGGUAUUUAUCAGCAGAUUUCCAGUUGCAUAUAAUCUCUAUUCUGUUCCUGUUCAUCUUAUACAAGUAUCCGAAGCUGGGAUUCGGCUUGAUAUGCUCUCUCAUUUUAGCAUGCAGCGUAGUGGUCGGCGCUUUCACUUAUCAUUGGGAUCUGCCUCCAACGAUUCAGGUAUCCUCUGGAAAUGUAGGGCAAAUUCAAGAGACUGUGGAUUACAUUCACAUGAAAACAUUCACCCAUGCAGGUCCUUAUUAUGUGGGAAUUGUUCUAGGAUAUUUGAUGAUCAAAUAUAAUGACGUCAGGAUACCUUGGUGGGUAAAUUUAUGUGGUUGGUGUUCAUCGACCAUUCUUUGCUUGUCAUCUGUGUACGGCGCCUAUCGAUGGAAUAUAGGCGAACCCCACGGGCCCCUGCUCACAGUUAUCUACGCCGGCCUUCACAGGACAACUUUCACCAUAGGCAUUGCUUGGGUGACAUUUGCUUGUGUUACAGGAUACGGAGGUGCGGUGAACAAAAUCCUUUCGUGGAGUGUGCUGACCCCAAUUAGUCGGCUGACUUUCAUGAUCUACCUUUUGCACAGCCUCGUCAUUUGGGUGAGGAUGGGAUCACUUAAGGAGCGGGUCUACUUUAGUCACUACAAUAUGCUUUAUGAAUAUGUAGGGAAUAUAGUGACUACUGUUAUCCUUACUGUACCCUUUUAUUUGCUGUUGGAAGCCCCGUUGUCUAAUCUGGAGCGACUUGCAUUCUCAAGGGUCCGCCUGCCUAAAGACGAAUCUCCUGAAGGGAAACAGAAUGAGCAGUUGCCGGAUAACGUGAUUGAAACGGGUCAUUCCAAUGGAAUGAGCCGUUCCAAUGGAAUAAGCCAUGGCAAGCCAGAGAUCGCGCCGACAGCGAAUGUAGAACUCAUGGGUGUGAAAAGCUUCGAUUUAGUGCAAAAUGAAGUUUCUCUUUUUGGGAGUAAGAACUUGAAUGGAAGAUGAUUGAAAUUGUCUUAUCAUUCCAUCAAUACCUCAUUUAUUAUUGGUUUCUUGGUAAUUUUGUGUUAUCAUGUUGUUAAUGUCUAAUUUUUUGUUUGUUUCAUGGCUGUUGAGUAAAUAAAUUCCAAAAUAAAAAAAAUAUAUAAUAUUCGAAAAAAUAAAAAAAUAAAUCUUCUGUAAAACAUGGAACAUACAUUGUUAUUACCAAUAAAAGCAUAAAAUAUCGUUUUUGUAAUAAUAGUAAGUUAUAAAUUCCGCUAUUAAAUUUUAACUGCCUGAUUUGUUUUUAUCUUCAAAAUUAAGAAACGAACACAGUGACAAUUGUAAAAGUUAGUUUAUACAUCGUGUUGCUCUUGCACCAGUCUUCGAUAUCAAAAGUAAAAUUGCACGCAUUCUGUUAUUUCGUAACUGAAAAUGGAAAAGUCAUAUCACUGACUCUCCAAUCCGCCCGAAGGCAAAUGGGUAAAUAAUACUGAAUGACCGGACCGUCGCAACAGCAACACUGGCGUUGAAGUGGUUGAGUCCUAAGGGUCAUCACCGGCCACGAUACAUUCCUUCCCUAAUUAAGUACGUUCCGUCUUCGACAGGAGGAGCCAGACCCUCACCUUUUCAUGUAUCCUCCAGGUGCGAGAAGCUUCUCAUCCUCAUUUCGAGGAGACAAAAUGAAGAAUUCGCUAGCCAUUUCUUAUUUCAUUUUUUUCGCUCCUCGAAAAAAAUGUAUUAUUGAAAAAUGGAACAUUUUUUGAAUAAUAAGGAAUAUAUAUAUAAUGAAUAUUUUUUUACAUAUUAUUGAAAUGUAAUGUAUAUCUUGUGUAAAAAAAUGUAUAUCUUAUGUAUUACGGUUUAUUUAUAUUGGUUUAUCUAUUUGUGAAUUUAUAUGAAUUUGGGUAAAAAUAAUGUCCAGUGCAGAAUUUUUUUGAGACGAUUUUUUAACAAAUGUAAUCCUUGACAAUUUUUUAUUGCAAUCCUAAAAUCCGUUUGUUCUCAUUUCUUGUAGUUAUUCAACAUGGCGGCUUUUUGGCAGGUUUUUAGAUGGUUGGCACAAUUUUAUCUCGCUUGCAAGAAACCGGACACUAAGGUUAAACCUUAUCCUAGUUUCAUGUAAUUUAUUAAAGUUCUUUUAAAGUAUAAUUUUUGUUGCUGUACCCUACUUUAUUUGAAUAAUCAUUUUAUCAUUUUAUAGAUUAAUUUUAUAUUCACCAAAUGUUUCUAAAAAAAUAAUGUAUUUCUUUUUCGCACUAAAAUUUAAGAUUAAAAUACGUUUUAUCGCAAAGCACGACAAAAUCCUUCAAAUCGUCCGAAUGCUUGCCAAAAUCCGUUAUCUUGAAUAGCUAUGAGAAAUAACUUUUAGGGUUACAAUAAAAAAAUAUCACGUUUUAUUUGGCGAAAACUCGUUCCAAAUUAACUCAAUUUUGGCGAUUAGACAUUAUUUUUAAAUCCUGCCAUUAUUGGCUUAUCAGGUAAGUCAUUUGUUUCAACUUAUGUUUUAGAAAUUCGCUGCAAUAUUUAUUAUCGACGUUGAUUAAAUCAAAAUAAA